ACGUUACGUCGCAGCCUCCGUAAUGGCAAGUGACAGAGGGUGAGGAAGACGAGGUGAAACUUUUUUUUUUUGGAGCUAGUAGCUGCUGUGGGAACAACAACAGUGAACAAAAAUAUUUUGAACUUCUGGACAAGUUUUUCGGCGUAGUUUUCGUCUUGAGUGCGAUUUGACCGUCUUCCGGGUGUGAAGCUACCAGCUACAGUCGUUAACGGUGGUGUCUGACGGUCUUCUCCCAAAAGUACCAGAAGUUUGUUCGACUUCGAGUAAAUACGUAGAGGCGUCGAAAAACAGCAGCAAUGACGAACAGAGAGGACGAAUAUGACUAUCUUUUUAAAGUGGUGCUGAUAGGAGACUCCGGUGUUGGAAAGAGUAACCUGCUGUCUCGCUUCACUCGAAAUGAGUUCAACCUGGAGAGCAAGAGCACCAUCGGGGUGGAGUUUGCCACUCGCAGCAUCCAGGUAGAAGGCAAAACCGUCAAGGCUCAGAUCUGGGACACCGCAGGACAGGAGCGUUACCGAGCGAUCACUUCUGCGUACUACCGAGGAGCAGUUGGAGCUCUCUUGGUUUAUGACAUUGCCAAGCACCUGACGUAUGAAAACGCUGAGCGCUGGCUGAAGGAGCUGCAGGACCAUGCUGACAGCAACAUAGUCAUCAUGCUGGUGGGCAACAAAAGUGAUCUACGCCACCUCAGGGCGGUGCCCACAGAUGAGGCCAAGGCCUUUUCAGAGGCGAAUGGCUUGUCUUUCCUGGAGACAUCAGCGUUAGACUCAUCCAAUGUGGAGCUGGCAUUCCAUACUAUUCUCACAGCCAUCUACAACAUCGUGUCACAGAGGCAGAUGUCAGGGCGAAACGACUCAGACUUCUCACCAGCCUCCAACGUAGUGCCCAUCACAGUUGAGCCCACCCAAAACUCAGCCAGUAAGGGUGUCUGCUGCCAGAACAACUGAGGCCUUACCACUGACCUCCUCCUUCACCUCAAGGCUAUAUCGGAGAAACAGCCUGCUAGAAAAACAGACACAGGCAGAUGGACAGGUAGAGAGAACCAUAAUACACAAGGACACUUGUACUGGGAAUGAUUUGUAAGAUGUCUGGUUAAGAAAACUUAAUACAGUAACAAAUGAGGGGACCAGGGAAGGAGGGAUAGUAAGGAAGUUUAGAUAAACAGGCAGGGCGGGUUGUUGAGAGGUUUGAUGCACUGCAUAGUCUGCAUUUUAGCUAUGAGAGAGAUGCAUCAUCAGAACCGAUUCAAGAUCUAAUGAAAAAUGUAACACAAUAUUUGGUCCCUUUUUGUAUCUCAUCACGAUUUCUGUCUUUGCAAACUGCCUCCCUUUCAAAGCUGUACUUUACAAGCCAGUAAAUGCUAUCUUUCAGUUUCUCACUACCAGGAUAUUGGGCAAUAAAACAAAAAAAUACACAUCCAAAGAACUGAACUGCAACCCCACCAUCCCCACUGUCAUUCCCAUUUUACACCAAUGUACAAUAUUCAGGAAAUAAAGUCCCCUACAAUAUUUAUUGAACACUAGAUUAAGGUCUUGUUUAGCAAAAGGGUUUGCAGUUUAACACUAGUUGCUUUUUGUUUCCCCCCCGCUGAUAGCUUCACCCUUAAGGGAGCUCUCUUGCUUUUCACUGCGUUUGUCCACCAUCGUAUCUGAAGAAUCUUAAAUAGACAGCGACUCCUCAGUAAUAGAGGAGCAAAAGAGUUUUAAGUCAUUUUUCCUAAAUGCACAUGCUGGAAUUUGGUCGAUGUUGGUUGGCUCAUGUUGUGUUCCACCAGACCACUCGGAGCAAUAACAUCCCUCUCUAACGGUGACAUGUAAUUUCUUUUUGAUUGCUUUUGAUCUUUGUUUGGAAGGCUUCCCUGCUCUCUGCACACUUUGUUCUCGACAGAUGAGUCAUGCUCUUGCAAGCUUUGCACAGCAUUAACUCCAACCUCCAACUUUUACAACAGAUAGCUGCAUCACUUGUGGAUGGGUUAACUGCCUCGCAUGCUGGUGGGAUAAAGGUUUUAGCUUUGCUGAUGAUUCUUUCACCCCUGCCUCCUAACCUAUGGGAGAAGUUCGGAGGUUAAGGAAUUGUUUUAAAUGCAUGGACAACCUUGUGCUGCUGUUUCCUGCUAACUGGGAUGGAUGGAUGGAUGGAUGGAUAAUGUUUCAGGGGAUGAGGUAGUGAGGGCACUCAGCCCUGCCCUGCUCCUGUGGUCUCUGAUGUACCCGAGAUGGCUUGUUUUACUGUAAGUGAAAUCCUCCACUGCUGCCUGCUCACCUACUCCUUUCUAUCUCUCUCUACGCUGUAUGUAACUGGAACAGGACUCUGCCUUCUGGGAUCUCCCCGAGGUCUGCCCUCGCUCUCACUUGUCUUUAUUUCCUGUGGAGAGGGCGUGGGUCUGAUUCGAGGAGCCAGGAUUGGGGUUGUUAGUAUCUAAUAGUUUAAUAGAUGAGGAAAAGGAGAAAGUAUGGUAGUGCUAGGAGGGAGGGGGGGGGCUUAAUUAAAUCCAAAGGUUGUGCACACAGAUGUUGUUUAUCCUGCUGAUGUGUUUCUGCAUCAUCACUGACUUCUGUUGACUUCACAGGUCUUAAACUGGGUGGUGUAGGUUAGGGCUUUUUAACAUUUAUUCUAAUAUGUAUAUUUGGACUGCAUAUGUAUAAAAUAAAUCUCAUUUGUUAUA